AGGUUUAUUAGCAUCAAAUUAAUUAUUUUUUUUAAUUCAUCAUUAUUGAUUCAUUAACACUCUGUAAGCUGCCAAAACACCCCACAUUUGCCGACUACAGCGACAGCAGCUCCUUGUCUACUUCGAUUGUCAUUUUCCGACUGCGAUUGAUUCGAUGCGAUCAUAAAAGAUUGAACCUUCUGGGUUUUCGAGCUCUGGAAAUGGGUCGGGAUUGCUGAAGGAUCUUUUUUGGGGGAAAUUUAGAAUUCUGCUGAUGUCAGAAGUCAACAACGACUUUUCAGAUCUUCUCGAUGAGGGAGCUAGCGGGAUCAGGUACAGCGCCUCCACGUUGUCCUCCUCCUCCGUGGCUGGGGAUUGGAGGUUUCAGGCGGCGGAGUUUGCCAAGGGGGCGGCGGAGAUGAGCGUGGAGUUCGGGAAGGGGGUGAGGGAUGUGGUGAAGCAGACGGUGCUGAGAGAGGAUUCUUUGAUUGUGAAGAAGUUUAAGGGCCCUUGCCAGAAAUUGUUUCAGAGAUUGAGGUUUUUGAAUGAGUAUUUGCCUGAGGAUCGCGAUCCCCUUCACGCCUGGACCGUCAUUGCCUUCGUCUCUGUUCUUGCUCUUGCAGUUUUAACUGUGAACAUGUGUGGAACUAGUAAAAUUCCAUUGGUUAACAAGAUGAAGGUGCACCCUUCUAGUGCUUCCAUCAUAGUGCUUCCGGACGGGAGGCGCUUGGCCUAUCAAGAACAGGGAGUCCCGGCUGAUAGAGCUCGACAUUCAAUGAUCGCACCCCAUUCUUUUCUUUCGUCCCGACUAGCAGGAGUUACUAGGGUCAAGAAUGCCUUACUUGAAGAGUUUGGCAUUCGCCUCGUGACUUAUGAUCUACCGGGAUUUGGAGAAAGUGAUCCUGAUCCGAAGAGGAACCUUGAGUCAUCGGCUAUGGAUAUACUACACUUAGCGUAUGCUGUCAAUGUUACCGAGAAGCUGUGGGUUUUGGGAUAUUCUGAUGGAAGCAAGCAUGCUUGGGCUGCUCUUAAUUACAUUCCUGAUCGCAUUUCAGGUGCUAUAAUGCUUGCUCCAAUGGUUAACCCAUACGAUCCAAGACUGAGCAAAGCAGAGAGUCGGAGAAUCUGGGGAAAAUGGACAUUAAAGAGAAGGCUGAUGUACACUUUAGCCCGAAAAUUCCCUAGAUUUCUUCCAUAUUUCUAUCGAAGAAGUUUCCUUUCUGGAAACCACGGUGAAUUGGAUACACUGCUAUCAGUCUCAUUAGGGAAAAGGGAUAGAGCUGUGGUUGAAGACAGAACCUUCCAAGACGUCUGGCACAGAAACAUUGAGGAGUCCGUUAGGCAAGGAAAUGUAAGGCCGUUCAUUGAGGAAGCUGUCUUGCAGGUUUCAAAUUGGGGUUUCAGCAUAGGUGACCUCAAUGGGCGCAACAAAUAUAAGGGUGGAGGCGUUCUUGCUUGGAUCAAGUCACUCUUCAAUCCUGCAGAGAAGAGAUUGAGCGGCUUUUUUGGCCCGAUACACAUAUGGCACGGAGACGAAGAUACAAUCGUGCCUCCAUCAAUGAGCGACUUUGUGCAACGGGAUCUGCCUGAUGCCAUCCUGCACAAGCUCCCCUACGAGGGCCAUUUCAGCUACUUCUACAUGUGUGAUGAGUGUCAUCGGCAGAUCUUCACUACGGUUUUUGGACAUGCUCAAGGCCCUCUGAUCAUGAACGAGAGUCGAGGUCCGGUUGAAGAAGUGAAAGAAAAUGGCGAAGCGAUCUGCACAAGAGCAGCAGCAAACGAAGAGAAUCUGCCUGCAUUUGCAGAAGAAGAUGAUAAAUAAACUCAGGUAAAACUAAGAUUAUGAUUCUUAAUAGAGAAAAAGAAAGCUUUUUUUUGCAGGAUAGAGUAUAUAUUGAAAAGCAGAUUAAUUAAUUGAAAUGACAUAAUUUUGGAUAGUGUUACAUUAAAAAGUUCUUAUAUACGACGGAUGUUUUUUCACAA